UAAUAUGCAUUUAUAGCCAGUAUGGGUGAUGCCUACUGAACACUGCGACUCUGGAGCUCUCUGCGAAGCUUGCUGAUAGCUCUCUGCCCUCUAAACUCUUUCUCUGUGGUUUAGCAGAUCAGAGCUGUCAUCCACGCUGGGGUGGGCCUCCUGGUGAUACAGCUGCUCCUGAGUCCUCCCUGAUCCUUGGUUUCUCUGGGUAAUGCUGGCUGUUUUGGAACUUGCUCUGUGAACCAGACUGGCCUCGAACUCAACGACCUGCCUCCCACUGCCACCCAAGUGCUGAACUUAAAGUAUGCGAUCCAACCAAAAGGAUUAUACACUCGUUAUCCUGUUGUUCAGUGCAGAAAUGAAAUCCCUAAGGUGAAGAUUGUGAAGAAGGACCAUUGAAUUAAAGACGGCUUUCAGAUUUGUCACCAACACCGUUAUCUGUAAUGAAGAUCACGAUAGAAGAGAAGAUACCACGAAGCCUUCUUGUACCACUGGAUCUGGAUUAGAAUUUUUUAAAAGAAAGUUAAAAUUAUUUACUUUCAUUUUAGUGUUCCAAUUUCAUAAUAUUUAUUUGGUUUUGGUAUUAGGGACUGAAUAUGGGACUUCAUGAGUGUUAGAUAAACACUAUGUCCCUGAACUCUAUCCCCAUAUUCUUUUCUCUAAGUAGACUCAGAGAGUAGAAAUUAAUUCAGUGCUAAACUGCAGGAUAAACUAAUAUUCAUUCUCGUAUUUCCCCCUAUUUUUGUAUCUGAAAAAGAGUAGCUAACCAAGAGCCUUCAUCAUUCAUAAUGAAAUAUACUAAAUGCAACUUUGCCUUGUCAGUUUUUGGCAUCAUAAUCUAUGUAACUGAUUUAGUUGCAGACAUCCUCCUGUCUGUUAGUUAUUUCCACGACGGACAAUAUGUUUUUGGUGUUUUAACACUAAGCUUUGUGCUUUGUGGAACACUCAUAGUCCAGUGUUUUAGCUAUUCGUGGUUGAAGGAUGACUUAAAGAAAACAAGACAAGAAAAUGAGCAUCCUUUUCUUCUACUCCAUUGCUUGCAAGGAGGAGUUUUUACAAGGUAUUGGUUUGCCUUGAGACAGGGUUACCAGGUGGUUUUCAAACCCAGCAGCAGAACGAGUGAUUUCUCGGAGGAGCAAAUGGACCCUCACAAAGAAGCUAUAGACAUAGCCACCGACUUGAGCAUGCUCAGGCUGUUUGAGGCCUACCUGGAAAGCUGCCCACAGCUCAUUCUUCAGCUCUACGCCUUUCUGGAGCGGGGCCAGGCAACUUUAAGUCAGUAUGCGGUCAUCAUGGUUUCCUGCUGUGCUAUUUCUUGGUCAACAGUCGAUUAUCAAAUAGCUUUAAGGAAAUCAUUACCUGAUAAAAAUCACCUCAGUGGACUGUGGCCCAAACUCACAUAUCUCUUCUAUAAGCUGUUCACCUUGCUGUCGUGGAUGCUGAGUGUGGUGCUUCUGCUCUUCGUGGAUGUGAAGGUUGCUUUGUUCCUGCUGUCAUUUCUUUGGAUCAUAGGUUUCAUUUGGGCAUUUAUAAAGCAAACUCAGUUUUGUAAUUCUCUACAUAUGGAAUUCUUAUAUAGGACUGUUGUUGGAUUCAUCCUUGUGUUUACGUUUUUUAAUAUCAAGGGACAGAAUACCAAAUGUCCGAUGUCUUGCUAUUAUACUGUAAGGGUGCUGGGCACCCUGGGCAUCUUGACUGUGUUUUGGGCUUAUCCUCUCUCUAUUUUUAAUUCAGACUAUUUUAUCCCUAUCAGCGCCGCCAUAGUUCUCGCUCUUUUCCUUGGGAUUAUUUUUCUUACUGUUUAUUAUGGGGUUUUUCACCCAAACAGAAAUGUAAAAACACAGCACGAUGAAACUGAUGGAAAACCAGCCCAGAGAGAUUGUAGACUGAGAUAUUUUCUAAUGGACUAAGUUAUGAAUCUAUGAGAAAUGUUUUAUUUUUGUUUCAUUAACUAGUAAAGAAAACAUCUGUUAUAUGUUUGUGUUGUUUGUUAUGUUUGCCACCUUUGACAUUAAGUGAGUUAUGGUACAUGGUGAGAGCAUAAUAUUUUAUUAUUUAAAAUAUUUCUUCUUUAUGCUGCUGAGGAUUAAGCCCAGAGCCUUGUACACGCUACACAAGUAUUUCAGCACUGAGUAGCACUCCCAGCCAUCUCGAUGGUUUCUAAAGUCUUGAGUAUUGUGGUACUUUCUUUCUGUCUGAUAGUGUAUGUACAUACAUUCAGACAAAUAUUCAUACACACGCAGAAA